CGAGGUUUCUAGAGCAGCCGAAUACGCGCAUGUACAGUUAUAUAUGCGCAUGCGCAACCAUUGACAUCAACAUGGCGAUCUACCGCGCUCGAAUCUUCUUUUGUUGCAUUUCAACGCGUUCGCGAUGAUAUACGAUGAUGCACAAAAUAUACGAAUGUACAAUUUAAUUUACGGACCUCUUACGAGGUGUUGCUGAUCAAUAUGGCUGACAAUAAAAGUGUCAUUGUCACAUGCUUGCUGAUCGUCACUUCAAUCGCAAUUGUUGAUGGGCAAUUAUUAUCUACGGAACAUCGAACUCAUGCAGCAUCGGAACGAGUGAACGAUUUAUGGUGUUAUCAAUGUGAAACGAUGGAAGAUGGAGAGAGAUGUUCCAAUCUUACCGGAAAUUAUAGCGCUUUCGAGUACAAGUGCACUGGUGACAAAAGGACUUGCAUGGUAAAGCGAUUUUCUUAUACUACCAGCACUGAAGAUUCAACCUCUAGUCCUCAAACGUGGUCGAUGGAAAGGAAAUGUACUAGUAAAUGCGAUCCUGGAUGUAUAGUGAUUGGCGAACGUACAAAAUUGUCAGCUUGCACUACUUGUUGCGAACAAUCGUUUUGCAAUGUUGGCACUGGUGCUGCGAAUGAAUUGACGAUAAAUUGGAUUGAUUUAUUCCUAGCUUUAGUAUUGCAAAUUACAUUGACAAUCAUUAUACAUCCGUCCUGACAUUGCAAAGAAGAUGACUCUCAAUCUUCCGUGUAAAUAAUAUAAUGAGUUAAUUAUUAUGUACAUAUCAUUCGAAUUUUAAUUUUGAUAAAAUGAAAAUGAAAAAUUUCGUGACAUUUAUGUUUAAACAUACGCUGUAAUAUACGUUGUAAUAUGCAUAAAUGUAAUGUUUAUUAUAUUUAAUUUUGUAAAUAUAUUAGAAAUCAACUUGA